AUGGCUCCACCUACCGCUACAGCUCUCGUGACCAGGGCUGGCAAGCUGGCCAGAGAAGCCAUUCCUGUGCCGACUCCGGGCGAGCACCAGGUACUGGUGAAGAUUUCACAUGUAGCUCAGAACCCAACGGAUAUUCAAUCCCUCGAUGCUGAUGCCUUUGGCGACGAUGCGGUGCUUGGUUGUGAUUUUGUUGGUACUGUCGAGCGGACGGGCGACAAAGUGAGCAGGGUCAAGGCUGGCACCGUGAUUGCUGGUCUAAUCUGGGGAGGUGAGAUUAAGAAGCUGGGUGGCUACAGCGAGUACACCCUCGCAGAUGAGCGUAUUUGCUUCCCUUUGCCCGAAGGCGUCACGCCCGAGCAGGCCGCAACAGUACCCCUCGCCGCGUGCACAGCGUUACUCGCUCUAUUCUCCAAGGAUUGUCUCAAUAUCUCUCAGAAUUCUGGAGAGACCGUCCUUAUUUGGGGCGGAACUUCAAGCGUCGGGCUUUAUGCUAUCCAGAUUGCCAAGUACUACGGUAUUAACGUUAUUACGACUUGCAGUACCCGCCAUCACAAUUUCGUCAGGUCCCUUGGUGCCACUGUCGCUCUCGACUACCGCGACGCAAGUGUGGUGGAGAACAUCAAGGCUGCUGCGAACUGCAGUCUGAGGUACGUCUUCGACACUAUCGGCAACGACUCAUCUUCCGCUACUUCAUCGCAGGCAAUCUCUGAGCAAGGCGGUAUCCUGUGCACUGUUCGUCCGGGUAAGGCUUUCACCGAGAAUGUGACCAAGCAGACUAAGGUGACGGAUGUUCUGGUCUGGACGGCGUUCCUAAAGGAGCACAAAUACAAGGAAUUCUACUGGCCGCCACACAAAGAAGAUCACGAGCUGUCGGCAAAGUUUUUCGAUGCACUGCCGAAGUUGCUCUCUACCGGAAUCAUCAAGCCGAAUACCCCAAAGCUUUUCGAGGGGCUCGAGUCCGUGACAAAGGGAUUUCAGGAGUAUCGUGACGGGGUUAUCUCCAACUAUAAGAUAGUGCAUGAGGAACUGUCGCGGUCUCUCGAUAUUGUCAGGCUGACAAGUAUGACUGGUAAUAUCAUGAGUAUAAACCACUCGAGUCAACUUGAAGUUGUUAUGGAGAUGAUUAUCCAGAUUACUUAUCUGGUCAAACAUGCAUUGACACGCCUCGUCCUGCCAUAUCGUCCCACGUCUCAGUGCGGCGGCGCGUGGUCGUCGUUGCCAACCUGA